UCUCUGUUUGAGGAUGACCUGUCCCGCUGGGAGGCAGUAAAGGACCGCAACGCCAUCGCCGAUGGCCUUUUCUUCUGCGCCUCUGCAAAUACAAAGGUCUACUGUCGGCCCGUGUGUAAGGCCCGCCUCCCCCGCCGCGAAAAUGCAUCCUUCUACAAAACCAGUAGAGAGGCUCAAGCGGCAGGGUUUCGCCCUUGCAAACGCUGCCGGCCCGAUCUUGACGGUGUCAUGCCGGAAGACGUUGCCGUGCUCAAAGUUCAGGCCUUUCUAGAAAGUAGGAAAGGAAUUUUCAACAGCGGAUCCACGCCGGAAAGCCUGAGCCAGAUGGCUAGACAGGCUGGGCUGUCUAAAUGGCACUUCCACAGGGUAUUCAAGAAAUACACGGGAAUGACGCCUGUCCAGUACCGAAGGAUGGGGAGGCGAAAU